UGAGGAGGAAGGGAGUGCGCAUGUACAUGAGAGCUAAUAGCCAAGAGUGAGUAGAAUAAACCAAUCUGCCGCUCACCAAAAAUGUAUUUAGGCAAAAGUAUAUAAACAGUUAAAUUUCAAUUAUCGUUAACGAUUGUGUUUAAUUAGAUGAUACUUUGAUAAGGCAGUGUAGACACCACUAUUUAUAUUUAGCGCUAGAAUGAACAUGGUAGCGUGAACAGGUGGUCACUUAAUAUGGUGAUGAAGUGUGUUAUCCUCCCUUGGGAUGUUUCUCUACAGCGCCGCCAUUUGGAAUCAGCCUUCAGAGAAAACUAAUCGUCAAACCAAAGUCUCCAGAUGAUAUCGGGUUUGACUGUAUUUAAACUCUACACACGGAUCAACCCAACUGUACCAGUUGAUUUAGACGCUAGGAAGGUAGAUACUGCUACUGCUACUUGGCCUGACUUUCAAGCCAAACCUGUUAAAAUUAUCGUCCAUGGUUUCCUGCAAGCUGUCACACCAGACGACUGGCUAUCAGCCAUAAAAAAUGAACUCUUGAUAGAGGGAGACUACAACGUAAUCAUAGUGGACUGGUCAAAGGGAAAUAAACCUCCUUACACACAGGCAACAGCUAACACAAGAGUUGUCGGAGCACAAAUAGCUUUACUAAUUCAUAAACUUGUGGAGAGUUCUGGAAUUAAAAACUCGGACGUUCAUAUCAUUGGGCACAGUCUUGGAAGUCACAUCGCCGGCUAUGCAGGAGAACGUCUUGAUGAGCUCGGUAGAAUCACAGGGCUAGACCCCGCAGGACCACAGUUUGAGAAUACCGACAUACGAGUUCGACUUGAUCCAUCAGACGCCAUGUUUGUUGAUGUCAUACACACCGAUGGCAGACCUCUACUAUUUUUAGGUUUUGGAACAUUGCAGCCAAUGGGUCACUAUGACUUUUACCCCAACCUUGGACAUGAUAUGCCUGGAUGCACGAUGAGUAACCCAUUAAAAGAUGUCUCGGAGCUAGAAAAAAUGAGCAGUUCAGAUUAUGUUUCUUGCAGUCACCAUAGAGCCGUGAAAUACUUUAUCGAAAGCAUCAACUCAAAAUGUCCGUUUACAGCCUACCCGUGUGAUGGAGGGAGAGACUUCAAUGCAGGUAAAUGUAACACCUGUGGAACACAAGGCUGUGCAAGAAUGGGCUACCACGCCAGCCCGUCUGGUGACCAUACCAUUCACAGUUACUAUUUGACCACAUCAGAUACAGAAAGGUUUUGUCUCUACCAUACAGACGUGUCCAUUCAGUUCAGUUCUAAGCCAACGUUUUCUGAACAAGGAAAUAUUGUGGUCAGUGUAGCGACAAACUCGGGGCACAUCAAGACAAGCAGAGUUAGUGACAGAUCCAUGACAUUUAAGAACGACCAAACGGUUCAAGUGACAUUUACAGAUCGUGAUGACAUUGGGACUAUCACAUCAGUGUCUCUGCUCUGGGAAAGAGACAACUCUCUCUCCGCCUCCAUUUGGAAUAUAUUCGGCAGUAGUUCAAAGCGUGUCUACGUCAAUAAAGUGACCACCUUUAGCGCAGAGGCUGACAAGAGUGUCUCUUUCUGUGCUGCGGAUAACGCCAUUGAAGACAAGAAAACUUUGCUCCUGACUACAAAUCAGCUCUGUUGAGUACUAUGAGAGUCUACUGUGUUGAUCACUAUGAGAGUCUACUGUGCUGAUCACUAUGAGAGGCUACUUUCAAGAUCUAUCAACACGGAGGGAUCAUGUAUUUCAACUGCUUUCUUGGGCGUCAUUUCUCUUUAAAUAAAUAAUACAUUUUGAAAACUUGUAAUAUAAUAAUUAUUAGACUUUUUAAAAAUAACUGAAUUAAUAAUGAUAAUGUCUUUUGUUUUUAUUGGUUACUUUGGUUCAGAUCUAAGAAAGCCGAAGACAGUAGGCCUCUUAUAAGUAAGCCGAGGACAGUAGGUCUUUUAUAAGUAAGCCGAGGACAGUAGGUCUUUUAUAAGUAAGCCGAGGACAGUAGGUC